CUGUGUUCUCUGACGCCGCCGACUAAGAAUUAAUAAUAGCAGAAAUCAGUAAACAAAAAAGUAGUUUCACUUGUUUUUGUUUUAACCCUUUCUUUUAAAAUUUCUUCGACCAAUCAGGGUAUUGCGGGAAAUUGCGCAUAAACAAAAAUAAAAAUAUUAAAUAAUCUAUUUAAUUCAUUUGUGGCAGCGAUAAGCUAAUGCGCACAUAACUGGCGGUGAAUCACACCACUUACUUGCUCAUAUGGUUAGUUUGGGACAAAGCUUCAACGCGAAUAGAGGUGCUCAAUAUAUGAAUAUGGGAGAUAAUAGUGCAUCAAUAGCAGGUCAUGCUAUAGUAGGUGUUGAUACUGGUAAUUUCGGAAAUGAUGCCGAAGAACUUCUUGAUCCAGUGUUGAGCUCAAAUGAUGAUGGAAGCUUUAAAUCUCUUAAGACAAUACCGGCUUUUAGUAUUCAUUUGCUGAUUUCGACUGUAAUCUCUUUUAUUGGAAUUGUGCUAGCCUUCGCGUGGCCGGAGGACAAACGAUGUGAGGCAUAUUUUAUUAUGCUUUAUUUACGUGCCACUUUUUGGUUGAUAACGUAUCUCUUUGAUCAUUUGAUCAAAAAGCAUCACGAUGACUUACGCAUGAAUGGUUAUCAUGAAUUUCAUCGCGCCACGGCCGUGCAAAAGAGCAUACCAUUGAAUGUGGUAUCUCUAUGGAAUUCUAUGCUAUUAGCUGUACAGGCCGGUAUUCAUCACUAUUAUGGCGUAAAUUUCUGGGAACACUGUGCAGAAGGCUUUCUUUCACCGGUCUCUUAUAUUGCUGGUUUCAAUGCGCUAGAGACCUUGGUUUUAGGGGCUACAAAUGGUAGCUACAUAUCGAAAGUUCACAAGUUUAAUAAAUCUGCACCUCCACCGGAUGCCCUCAAAGGAAGCAACAAUGCAUCGGGUUCCUUGGGACUAAUGCAGCCAGGUGGCAAUACAGCUGAGUUGCUUGAAAAACAGGCUGAUCUUAUUGCUUACCUUAAGGAUCACAAUCAAAAACUUAAUCAAAAGUUGCAUCAAAUGCAGCUAAAUGCGCGCACAGUGAACUUGACAGCUUGAAAAUAUUUCAGGUUUUGACAUAUUCACUACUACGAAUCUAAUAUUGAACGAAAUAUCAAAACAAAUAUCUAUAAUUUUCAACUAAUAACUCUUUAAAAUUUGUUUUACUCAUAUGUUAUUUUUAAAAUACUAAUUCAAGAUUUCCUUAUUGUGGCGCAUUUAAUAUUUAAUGACCAAACACUAUAAUGGAUUUCAGGGGAAAUACAUUUUUAUAAAGUGAAGAUAUUUCUAACAUAUCCUAUGUAUUUGAUUUGGGUUUACACAUUUUAUUGUCUGGUGUUAAUUUAUUUUACUAACUUAAACUAGUUUAUACAAAAUUGAAUAUGUAUAUUUGAAAAAUUUGGACUGAUUGAUGCUUUAAUGUAUUAAAUUGAAACUGUAAUAAAAAAAGUUUAUCUACAUAGAUGUGUAACGAAAACUUUA